CACAAUUGUUGUUUCUGAAAACCUCUCCUGCUCUGAUUGGCUGACGUGAGCCGCGUCGCUUCCGCGCCCACGUGACGUCAGCACAUGCGACGCUAUGUUUGGGGAACCACCGCCCACUGCGUUGCUUCCCUUCGCGUGUGUACGGAUUUCUGCACACGUUUCCAAGAUGUUUCUAAUGUGAGAGAAAACGAAAACAUGCCAAAGUCCGCCAAGAAGUCCUGCGCCUCUCAGACCUCCAUCAGCAGGUACUUCGGAGGUCACAGCAGCAGCGGCGGGGCCUCCGUCCACCGGAGUCCUGCCCCGCGCCAUCUUUCGAGAGGCAAGAAGAAACUUUCCCCCGAUCUUGGAGAUUUAGGACUGUCAACAAAACGAGCCAAGCUUUGUGUCCAGGAUGAGCAGGCGGAGGAUUUGGACUGCGAGGCGGCAUCCCGCCAGAUCACUAAAGAGACGCCAUCGGGAAGCCGAGGGGCUGCUGGCCUCUGCCCCUCCACCUUGGAGAAGCUGAAAGGCUUCACCUGCUCGUCCGAGGCCGGUCCGGCUCAGAGGGAGGAGCCGAUGGCGGAUGGUGCCAGUAUCCGUACGACGUGUGACAGCAGUGGCGGCACUCGUCCUCCCGGAGACGGAGCGGAUCAACGCAGCAAUACAAACGCCUUUCAACAGCCAGAGGAGGAACUUGACGAUGAUGAGGAGGAGGAGGAGGAAGAGGAAGAGCGGGAUGUCAAAGGAAAGGAUACUUCAAAGAUUUCUUCUGCAAAACAGGGGUUCUGCUUUUCUCAGUAUGCAACGGCCGGAGGAGGAGGACGAGGACGGGAAAGAAGGGGUGCAGUGCUGAGUCCUCCGUCAGACUCCGGCACCCCCUCCAGACGCUCAAAGGGCGCCUACACUCCCCUGGAGCAGCAGGUCGUCCAGCUGAAGCAGCAGCAUAAGGACGUCUUGCUGGCUGUGGAGUGUGGAUACAAGUACAGGUUCUUUGGGGAGGAUGCAGAGAUUGCAGCCAAGGAGCUGAAUAUCUUCUGUCACCUGGAUCAUAACUUCAUGACGUGCAGUAUCCCCACGCACCGUUUGUUUGUCCACGUCAGACGGCUGGUGUCUCACGGACACAAGGUGGGUGUCGUUAAGCAGACUGAGACGUCAGCGAUCAAGGCCUCGGGGGCCAAUAGGAAUGCUCUGUUCACUCGUCAGCUGAGCGCUCUCUACACCAAAUCCACUCUGGUGGGAGAGGAUGUGAACCCCAUCUGCAGACGCGGCGAUGUGGAGGAGGGGGGCUGUGGUGACGCAAUGUCGGACCCUCCUGACAGCUUCCUGCUGUGUAUCAGCGAGAACUGGGACAAAACGAAGAAGCAGCUCACAGUGGGGCUGGUGGCGGUUCAGCCCAGCACAGGAGACGUGUUACUGGACUGCUUCCCUGAUAGUCAGACUCGCUCUGAGCUGGAAAGUCGUGUCCUAAAGAUUAACCCUGUGGAGGUCCUUGUGCCCUCUGACCUCUCAGAACAAACCCACAGACUCCUACAGAGCAUCGCCAAUGCCAGCGCUCAGGCCGAUGACCGAGUGCGAGUGGAGAGGAGGGACAGCGCUCAGUUCCAGUUUGCGUCUGCGAUGAACACCGCCACCGAGUUCUUCUGCCACGCCCCGGAGAAAGGCUCCCGCUCUCUGUCGAGUGUAGCGUCCUUGGAGAGCCCAGUGAUCUGCUGUCUGGGUCCGCUCAUCCAGUACCUCCAAGAAUUCAACUUGGAAAGAGUUCUGAGGGUGGAAAGCUCAUUCCGACGUCUGUCUUGUGAGUCGGAGGGAAUGGACCUCAGCGCCGCCACCCUCAGGAACCUGGAGAUCCUCAACAAUCAGACAGAUGGCGGCGUGAGGGGCAGCCUGCUGUGGGUGCUGGACCACACUCGCACUCCGUUCGGGAGGAGGCUGAUGAGGAAGUGGGUGAGUCGGCCCCUCACAGACCCGCGGUCUAUCUUAGAGAGGCAAGAUGCUGUGCAGGAGAUCCUGGAGUCGAACUCGCUCACUUUAAAUUCCGUCAAUUCCCUGUUGUCGCAUUUGCCCGACCUGGAAAGAGGCAUCUGCAGCAUUUACCACAGGAAGUCUUCCACGCAGGAGUUUUACCUCAUCAGCAGCGGCCUUUCCCGACUAGGGAGCGAACUGCAGGCGUUGCUCCCCGCCAUCCAGUCACAGAUCAGCUCUGCGCUCCUCCGAGGCCUCUUGUUGGAAGCUCCUGACCUGCUGGCUCCGGCCCACGGCUACCUUAAGGUGCUCGACGAAAGGGCCGCCAAGACUGGAAAUAAGACGGAGCUGUUCUCCGACCUGUCGGGCUUCCCGGUGCUGCAGGAAAGACGGGAGCAGAUGCAGGCCGUCGUCAGCCAGAUCCAAGACCACCGCAAAGAAAUCCGCCGCACGCUGAAGGCCCCGACGCUGGACUACGUCACCGUGUCUGGACAGGAGUUUCUGAUUGAGGUGAAGAACUCGCUGUCGUCCAUUGUUCCACCCGACUGGGUCAAAAUCAGCAGCACCAAGGCCGUCAGCAGGUAUCACUCUCCAUUCCUGGCGGAGCGCUACAAGAAGCUGCUGCAGCUCAGAGAGCAGCUGCUGCUGGACUGCCAGAGGGAGUGGACCAAUUUUCUGGAUCAGUUUGGGGAGCACUAUCACGCCAUGAAAAGGGCUAUUAGUCACCUAGCAACCAUGGACUGUCUCUUUUCAUUGGCUGAGGUGGCGAAACAAGGGGACUAUUGCAGGCCAGAGGUGUGUGAAGGUCAGCGUCAGAUUAUGAUCCGGGGUGGGAGACACCCUGCCAUCGCCUUACUGAUGGGAGAGCACCACCAGUAUGUGCCCAACCACACCGACCUACAGGGUGAUGGCAGGAGAACUAUGAUAAUCACUGGUCCUAAUAUGGGGGGUAAGAGCUCCUACAUCCGCCAGGUGGCCCUAAUCUGUGUUAUGGCUCAGAUGGGCUCUUAUGUCCCGGCCUCUGAGGCCUCCCUGGGCAUGCUGGAUGGCAUUUAUACCAGGAUGGGGGCUUCAGACAACAUCUACAAAGGCCGCAGUACGUUCAUGGAGGAGCUGACCGAAGCCUCGGGGAUCCUUUUACGCGCAACCGAACGUUCAUUAGUCAUCCUCGACGAACUGGGACGGGGAACGAGCACCCACGAUGGAAUCGCCAUCGCCUACGCCACCCUGGAGUACUUCAUCAGAGCCGUGAAAGCCCUGACGCUGUUUGUGACCCAUUACCCUCCUCUGUGUGAGCUGGAGCGGGUGUAUCCUGAACAUGUGUCCAACUAUCACAUGGCUUUCCUUCUCAAUGAAUCGGACUCCGCCGCUCGCGCUGACGACGGAGAAGUUCAGCCAGAGUUCAUUACUUUCCUCUACCAAUUAACGGAAGGAGCCGCGGGGCGGAGCUACGGCCUGAAUGUCGCCCGAUUGGCUGACAUCCCGGAGCGCGUGCUGCACACCGCUGCGCGCAAAGCCAGGGAGCUGGAGAGCAUGGUGGACGGCAGGAGGAAGAAUAAGAAACUCCUCACAGCUCUUUUGAGCGUCUCGGAUCGAUCGUCCCUGAUGGAGUGGCUGCAUUCAAACUCUUGACGUCGCUGCAGCACCGGUCAACGACCAUGAAGCAGAGACAACCCAGCCAUCAAUGGAGGCGUGGGCCAAGAGAACAAUGGUCAAGGGAGAGGUCUAAACUUCCAACCACUGAUUGGAGUAGAGUGGUCGUUGCUGCUCUCUUCUCUAGCGAGUCACUGAGCGUAUAAGAAGAGAUUUAACUCGGGGUUUGUUUCUCACCAUCAUCUGUACUGUGAACUAAUUCUCCAAAUGUCAGUCAACAGCCUCUGAUCUGGAUUUGAUCCACACCAGACGAUCUGUGUGUUUGGUGAUUAAAGGAUAAAGAAACAAUGUU